CGCCUCCCAAGGUCCUUAAUUCUCUGAGGGCCUCACUAAGCUCCACUCCAAGUACUGACUCUGCUUGGCCAAGUUCCUUCCCUGUCUCUGGGUUUGAGUUGCAUUUUCUUCACAGGCGUUUCUCCUCUGAGGGAGAAAAAGCCCAUUGGUGGUCCACCAUCACUAGAGAGGGUUUGAGGGUCUUCUUCCUUCUUGCUUAAGGAGCUAAAUAUAUAUUUUUACAGUUUUGAAGGCAUUAUGGAGGGAUUGAAUAUACCAGAUGAAAUAGGAAGCACCAGAUUUGAAACCUGAACAAAGGAACUCGGCAGCUCCAACCCAACUCUCCUUAACUCAGCCUCCUAGACUUCUCUUCAAUUCCAGCUAGAAUGCUGUGCCAGACUCUUCACAGAUUUGGUCUAAAGCUGGUAUGCAGACGUACACUGGAGGAAGAAGAGCAAAAGUUGGAAUCUAACAGAAGACUGAACACUCUGGAUUUAGUGGCCCUGGGUGUAGGCCGCAUAAUUGGUGCAGGUGUGUAUGUCCUGGCUGGUGAGGUGGUCAGCAAUCAAGCAGGACCAUCUAUAGUGAUUAGCUUCUUGGUGGCUGGCCUGUCUUCUGUAUUUGCUGGGCUAUGCUAUGCUGAGUUUAGUGCUCGGGUUCCCCAUUCUGGAUCUGCAUAUCUCUACACCUUUGUCACUAUAGGUGAACUCUGGGCUUUCAUCGUUGGCUGGAACCUCAUCCUCUCCUAUGUUGCUUGUGUAGCCACUGUGAUUCAGGCCUGGACCUUAACUUUUGACAACCUGUUUGGGAAGCAGAUCUCUCAGACCCUGCAUGAGAGCGUCUCACAGAGUGUUUCCCAAGUCCUUGGAGACAAGCUAGGCUACUUUGUGGUUCUGUUUUGUCUUAUGGAAAUUCAAUAUCUGAAAUUUUGUGGGUUCUUCCUGGUUACCAAAGUGAUGACAUUGGUGAAACUUUUGCUUCUCAGUUUUGUCAUCAUCUCUGGCUUCAUUAAGGGGGACCUGCACAACUGGAAUCUCACAGAAGAGGACUACGCAAAGGCUGGACUCAAUGACACCUCUGGCUUGGGCCCUCUGGGCUCUGGAGGAUUUGUGCCUUUUGGUUUCCAGGGGAUUCUCCGUGGAUCGGCUACCUGUUUCUAUGCAUUUAUAGGUUUCAGCAUUAUUGUUACCAAAAUCAAGGAAACCCAGAAUCCCCAGCGUUCCAUCCCAAUGGGCAUUAUGAUUUCACUGUUCCUCUGCUUUUUGGGGUAUUUUGGUGUCUCUGCGGCACUUACACUUAUGGUGCCUUACUACCACCUUAAAACUGGGAGCACCUUGCCUGAGGUGUUUCUUCAUAUUGGUUGGACCCCUGCUUACCAUGUUGUAGCUUUGGGAUUUCUCUGUAGUUUUCCCGGCAUUUUCUAUGACUUUAUAUCCCCCAUACGUCUGGUAAUAUACAUGAUGGCACAGGAUGGCCUCCUGUUCCCUGUCCUUGCCAAGAUCCAUACUGGCACAUACACCUCCGUUGUGGCUGAUAUGAUAUUUGGCAUUACUGCAGCGAUCAUGGUAUUUUUCUUUGGACUUACCGAUCUUAUGGACCUCAGUUCAACUGGGACCCUGAUAUCUUAUUUCCUGGUAGCUUUUUGUGUUCUCAUUGUCAGGUAUCAGCCUGAUAGGAGGACUGAGGAAAAUGAAGCAGAGGUGCAGCAGCAGAAUUUACCUGCAGCAGAGAGGCUGACUCUACAGGGACUACUUUUCACAAGCAGCUCCACCCCCACUCCGCUCUCUGGCCGGGUUGUCUAUGUUUGCUCCUCACUGCUUGUUCUGCUGCUCAUUCUUCUGUGCUUCAUGUUGGCCCAUUGGCCAGUUCUGCUUUCUGGAGACCCAGUGUGGAUUUCAGUGGUUGUGGUGCUCGUGGUGCUCAUCACUGGGAUCACUGGGGUCAUCUGGAGACAGCCACAGAACUCCAGUCCCCUUCAUUUUAAGGUCCCUGCUCUGCCUCUUGUCCCACUACUGAGCAUCUUUGUGAAUGUUUACCUUAUGAUGCAGAUGUCAGCUGGCACCUGGGCCCAAUUUGGUGUCUGGAUGCUGAUUGGGUUUGUCAUGUACUUCGCCUAUGGGAUCCAGCACAGCCUGGUUACUUAAUCCCACUUAAGUCAGGGCCAAAACUUUAGAGAUAGAACUCAGAAGUACCAGUACAUAUUUGUUUUGAUAUCACCACAUCUGAAUGUGGUGUGGUCCCCUGAACAAUAAUGGAGAGUACUAUUAAGCACAUGGAAAGCUGGGGCUCCCAUGAGAUGUUGGUGGAGGAAUACUAAUGGCAGUCUGUAUUUAUGGUGGAGUGAAGGAAGUGUCUUGCUCUUUUUUUUAACUUGUAUACUUUUCAAUUGUGUGAAUAGCUGCUUACUGACUUUUAAAAAAAAUAUUAUUAAAGGAGCACCUGGAUGGCUCAGUUGG